AGCUGAUACGUCUCGUGGUGCUUGAUCAGUGACAACUGAUUGAAUUGAGAAUGAAUUCAUCAUGGCAUAAAGGGACGGUUUUGCCAACAAAGAAUAAACUCGAUUUACUGCUUGCAUUGGAACGAGGAACUGAAAAAGCAAGGCUUUGGCAGUUGUGGCGGCAAGUUAUAAUUUGGGUCUUACCAACGGUUUACUUCAUUUUUGAUAUUUUCGCUUUCAAUUACGCCACUUGCACCAUUUUGAUUUCUUUCUUUCUGCAGUAUAAUAGAGUUCAUUUAACGACAUAUGUGGUUGAAAUCACUGCACUUUUCAUUUGUUUGUUGAAUUUGUUGGUAUGUUUUUUCGAAGCAACGAAAUAUUCUUGCUAUAUCACGAGGAGAGUGCCAUCGAAACUUACACCGCAUCAAACUUCUUCACUUGUGACUGAUCAGAGUGGCUGCAGCAUUUCAUCGCCUCCAUCAAAUCGAAAUUUUAUCACACAGUGGCUUUCGGCUUUACAUUUUGGCAACUGGGCAGCACAAGCUCCGAAAAAUCCAUUUUCAUCAAAUUAUAUAAGGCAUAAUUUGACUAGCUCUUCAAUUGGGUCUUCGUUUAAUAGUCGCAAGUCAGGAAACGCGUUUGGCGACAGCACUUUGUUCUUACAUUCAACACCAUUGGUUGACCACCACUGUUCAUAUGUAGAAAGACAUUUGGGCCAUUCUGUACCAUUAUCUGCGAAAGUUGGUUCAAGGACAUCUCUUCGGAGUCGUCCGACUUGUUCAAUUCAAACAAAUAAGCAGUUGGAAGAGUAUCUUCAAAAAAGUCCUGAGAACAAUGAAUUAUGCAAAAGUGCCUUAGCACCGUUUUCAACGUCGUUUGGUUCAUUGUCAUCUUCCGAAUCCGAGCGUAUCAUUGGUAUUUCUAAGCCAUUCCGUUUGACAAUUUCCAGAAAUAACAGUUACGAAGUUGGAACUGCCAUGUAUGAUGAUGAACAAGGGAGAGUGGUAGGCGAUGAAAAUAGUGUUGUUACGUUGGUAACAGGCAGCCGUAUAAUGGUAACUGAUAAACGCAUAUCGUUAUCACCAAUUCCACUGAAUUUGAUUGAAGUCGGCAAUGAAUUGACCGCUGAAGAUGGUAAGGGUAUGGCGAGCGAUGCGGCUGACGUUACACGAAAUGUUAACAAUGAUAGUAUUACAUUUCGUGUGAAUCAUAACGCUGCAAAGCGAUCACCAAGGAGUGGCCAGGGAUUUACUCCGCCGUUGCUUCGUCGACCAGAAAGUUAUGAACGUCGUCGCCAUUCUAGCUUAUCUCCACAUUCACAUUCUGGAAACCAAUUUUCAAAUGUGGUUCAGUCGAACGGAAUUGAAAGCAGUCCCACUGGCAAGCAGAUACCGAUCACUUCUUCGGAAAUAUUGAAUCAAUAUAAAAUGGACGCUGAAGACUUCGCGGUCGCUGAACGUAAUUUACGCUCCUGGAUUUGUCAAACAAUUUUACGUCCACUCAUUGUAAAAGUAGAUGAAAUUAAUGCUAUUUUUAUGAAGUCCCAUACAUAUUUGCAUUUGAAAAUCGGUCACUCAUCUGUUGAGGCUCUUCAAACUGCUGCUUCAUCGAAAAGUGAUUUGCUGAAGUCAGCCCUGCCAUACAUUUUACCAUAUCUCAAAACACAUGAAAAACAGUCUUAUUUGAUUAAAAGAUGUCGAGAAUUGUGCGUUGAUGUCUGCAUGAGAGAGUACAAUUGGCAAAGCGGAGGAUAUGAGCCUGUUGAAAGGAGAGAAGAAGGUGAACAGGCUUAUUCGCCAACAGAGCAUGCAUGGGGCCCCCAUUUACCAACAGACGCCCAGCUUAUUUGGUCGUGGUUUGCAGUUUACAUGGAUGCGCGGAUGGGAACAAAUCCUUUGGUGAAUGAUAUCGAAAUGCCAUUCUCGUCAGUUUUCUACCUAAAAAAGCCCGCAAAGCCGUCGCCAUUACAGUGUAUGAAGAAGUCUUUCUACAUUUAUCAGAGUAGCACUCAUCCUCCACACUUUGAAUUGGUCCUGGAUGGUGGUCGUGAACGUUUCGAAGUUGAUCGCGGCACAAAAAAUCUCUGGCGAACAAUAUUACUUUUCAUACAGCAUAUUCGGUUGUUUAACGAAGGCCAGCUAGGUAAUAUAAAAAUUGAUGAAAAUGGUAUCAAUCUUGCUUGCGUUCUGGAGUAGAUCUGUUACAAAUGAUGGUGACAAUGAUUUUUCAUCUUCUUCAAGUUUCAUAUGAAAAUCAUGAG